GUUCUAACCUAACCCCAAAUUUUGAGGUUUGGUUUCUUUAACAACCACGUUGUUCUCGUGAACGUGUUUGGUUCCUAACAUCCGAAAGUUUCCCGAAAAUAGUGCUAAAAUGGGUGCAAGCAAGAAACAGAAAAAGGCGAUCGAAAGCAUCAACAGCAGGCUGGCCCUAGUGAUGAAAUCCGGAAAAUACUGCCUGGGCUACAAGCAGACUUUGAAGACGUUGAGGCAAGGAAAAGCCAAACUGGUAAUCAUUAGUAACAAUACACCACCCCUAAGGAAAGGUGAAAUAGAAUACUAUGCAAUGUUAGCCAAGACUGGUGUCCACCAUUACACUGGGAACAAUAUUGAAUUAGGAACAGCUUGUGGAAAGUACUUCAGGGUUUGUACGCUGUCCAUAACAGAUGCAGGAGAUUCUGAUAUCAUAAAAUCAUUACCGACAGGAGAUGGUGGAGCUCAAUAAUUCUGUAACAUAAGUAAAUAAACAAAACUUGUAUAAA